AUGCCUAGGGCCUCGGCUCUACCCUAUCUCAACCUGAAUGCCGCCAAAAACAACGAUGAUUUCAAUGGCUUGACUCCUGCCACUUUGAGCCCUCGUUCCACUGGCUCUCCUCGUACGCCUGGCUCGGCUCCGGCCUCUCCAUAUCUACAAGGAGGCACCGCUCCCUCCAUGAUGCACCACAUCUCUGCCGUUGAAGACCCUCCAGCCGACUCCCAUCAAAUGGCCCCUACUUCUCCUCGCAUAACCGCCAUGCCCGAAUUCCCGCCUUCCCCAGCACCUCCCCAAUCGCCGAAGCACGGUCGCGAAACGUCAAAGGGCUUCUUCUCAAAUCUGAUUGCCUCAAAGUCUUCACACAAGCUCCACUCUUCAGAAAGUGCAAUCCCAGAGGCCGUUGAAAGACCAGGCACAAGAAGCAGGGCCAAUUCAAAGGACCGGACCUUGCACGCUGUGAAAAAGCAAGGUUCCACUUCUGAGUUGACAAGAUAUGCACAGGGAAAUCCCAACGGCAACGGCAAUGUCCAUCCCAUCCCUCAGACAAGCCAUUCAGAUAGCAUUAGCUUACAGCCGGUCGGCGAGUCCGUGCACUCCAAGAAGGCGAAGUCAAAAUUAGGUGGCAUUCUCUCGAGAACCAAAACCGUGAAACUCGACGACAGCCCCCCAAGACAAAAAGGCCCCAACCAUUUACAAAUCGAUCCUACUCCUCAAACUCGUGAUCCCAUCGAGCCGUCUCCCAAGACUGCACCAAUUCGUGCAGAUUUCAGGGAGAGAGCAUUUGCACACGAGAAUGGAGCAACCCUGCGAAACCACUCAGUUGAUCGUCAAACGCGAGAGGAUUCUCAUGCGAGAAGGGAGAGGCAGGCAGGAGCUGUCCCGAUGUCACAAUCUUUCCGUGACGGAUCGACCAUGCAAAUCUUCUCAAAUAUUGGACAGACAGGGAAAGGCAUGGGCGAUCGACUCGGCAAGGCUGGCAAAGGGUUUUUCGGGAAGAUCACCCGCAGCGGGAGCAGCAAUGAACGUGAUCAUCUCACAGACGACAAUUACACAUGUACCACCAUCAAUCUGCCGCUUGUCAAGCAAACUCGCAAAACAAGAAUAGCAAGGCGGCUAGAAUUAUCCAAGGACAAGACCGAAUUCUGGAUGCCAGCCUUGCCUUGGCGAUGUAUUGACUAUCUGAACAUGAACGGCUGUGAAGAAGAAGGACUAUACCGAAUUCCUGGAAGUGGAAAGGAAGUCAAACACUGGCAACGACGAUUCGACAGCGAAUGCGAUAUUAAUCUAUUCGACGAACCCGACCUCUACGAUAUCAACACCAUUGGUUCAAUGUUCAAAUCGUGGUUGCGAGAGUUGCCAGAUGAGAUCUUGCCCAAAAGCGUUCAAAACAAAGUCGCUACUCAAUGCGCUGGUGCAACAUCAGCGCCGCAGCUGCUAAGAGACGAGUUAUCUCGCCUUCCACCAUUCAACUACUACCUCCUAUUCGCAAUAACCUGCCACUUGAGCCUUCUAAACAGUUAUGCCGACAAGAACAAGAUGGAUUACCGCAAUUUAUGCAUCUGCUUCCAGCCUUGCUUGAAGAUUGACGCCUUCUGUUUCCAAUUUCUGGUGAUGGAUUGGAAGAACUGCUGGCAGGGUUGCUGGACGGAGAAGGAAUACCUGGAAGAAGAAUAUCGAUAUGAGCGAGAAGGGUCGAUUCAUGGGAGUGAAGAUCUUGCGGUAGACGACCGGGCUAUCUCUUCGAGUGGAAGCAGCCAUCAGCCUGCCCCUUCGCUUCCUCCUCGAAGUGCCGAUGCUUCUACUCAGAGGAAGUCGAUGGCACCAAAAAGCAAACAAAGGAGCUUGUCAUCGGGUGGUGGAGCUCGAGAUCGAUCCAACAGUGGACACACGACUUCUCAGAGCGUGCCCGCCGUCCCCCGAAUGGUGACACCCGAGCCUCAGACACUCACGCUAGAUUCCAAGCUACCUGAGCUUACUGGUCUUUCACCAAUCAGGAUGUGA